UAGACUCUCUCUCUCUCGUGUUGUGUUCUCGGAAGAGAGAAGUAGUGAAAACUCGCCGCGCAAACAUAUCUCGUACGAGCCCCCCGUGCGGAUCGGCCUGAAUUAAUAACAAUACGACUCUUAUCGGUCGGUUAUAUUACAUAUAUAUAGAUAAAGAAGUGCAUCGACUCAAUAAUGACGCUGAGGAGCAUCGGAAAGCUACUCUCGCGGCCGCUGUCAUCCGCGUCCAAGUGCAGCAGUUGCAGUAGUGGCCAUCAGUUGAUUCUCGGUCUGCGUAACUUCUCGCUCAGCAGCUCGUACAGCAUGAGGUUCGUGCAGUUCGUCAACAAAACCGGUGGGCCGCAGCAUCUCGGCGUCCAGCUCCAGCAGGGAGGCGACAUAAUCGCCAUCUCGGUGCUGAACUCGCGGAUUCCCAACACGCUGAAGAAAUUCCUCGAGGGCGGCGAGGACCUGCUGAAAAAGGCAAAGAGGUUGGUCGCCGAGGGCCGAAGCGUCAUAUCCGAGAAAGAUGUCAUACUGCUGCCACCGGUCACGCGCAUGGACAAGCUGGCCUGCGUCGGUUUGAAUUACAGCGGCCACUGCAAGGAACAGAAUAAAGAGCCACCGUCGAGUCCGGUGAUCUUCAGCAAGUUCGCGAGCAACGUCAUCGGCCCCUACGACGACAUACACCUGCCAACGAUAUCGGAGAAAGUCGACUGGGAAGCCGAGCUGGCCAUCGUGAUCGGCAAAAAGUGCAAGGGCCUGAACAAUCACGAGGCCGAGGACUGCAUCUUCGGUUACACCGUGGCGCAGGAUCUGUCGGCGCGCGACUGGCAAAAGGGCACGCGCAACGGCGGCCAGUUUUUGCUCGGCAAGGCCAUGGACAAUUUCUGCCCGCUGGGGCCGGCCGUAGUGACCAAAGAGGCCGUCGCCGACGUCAAGAAUCUCGCCGUCAGGACGUGGGUCAACGGCGAGCUCAAGCAGGACGGCAAUACCUCGGAAUUGAUUUUCAAGACUCACGACAUCGUGGCUUAUCUGUCUCAAUUUUUCACUCUGCUGCCUGGAGACGUUAUCUUGACCGGAACACCAGCCGGUGUGGGCUUCGCGCGUAAUCCCCCCGAGUAUUUGAAAAAAGGAGAUAUCCUCGAAACCGAGAUUGAGAGUAUUGGACGUUUGAAGAACAAAUGCAUCUGAUGUUUCGACAGUAAUACCAUGUAUUGCUCGAAAUCAAUCAGUUCCAAUGAUGAAGUUUUAGCUUCUGCUCGAAACUUUCAAGUCAUAAUAUAGUUGCUGUUAUAUCUCUAAAAAUUUUAAAAUGUGAUUGUGCUUGUAAAAUAUUCAUUCUAAAGCCAUUUUAACACAAUUACUCUACCGGUCAGCCACCAAUACUUAAACUCCACAAGUAGUAAAUAUUUACAUGAAUCAAAUAUCACCAAUAUUGAUUAGUCACUUAUAUAUAAAUGCGCUACACGAGUAUUAUAAUCUUAUAAUGUUCAUCAUUGUAUUUCAUGAUUUUACAAUCAACGGUAAUAUAAUCAAAAAAGUCAGUAGCGAAUCAAACAAACAUUAAUGUACGUAAUAUAAUAAGAUACUCUCUACAUAUUGUUCAAGAAAUACUUUACCAGGUUUAAGCAUGUUUUUGUGAUUUGUGAUAAUACAUCUAGUACUUCAAAUAAAAUUUGAACUGUUAAAAAAGCACGGAAUUUUAUUUAAUCAAUUGUAUUUUGACCUGUUGCAGGAUAUAUUUAUUUCACUUUUUAAUAAAAGUUUUGAGAAAACUUAUUCAUUUAUACACCAUAAAGUAAAUUAAUACUUGUACAUUUUAACCAAUAGAUAUUUACAAAAAUAUAUUUACAAUUUGUAAAAUUACAAAGUCAUUUUUAAAGCUGUACAAAAUUCAUGUCAUUAAAUAUUUACUUAUUUUAA